GGUUUGCACUCCAUCAUCACUGUCGCCUGCGCAAUUGCACCUUUCGAUUCAUUGAGUUGUUGUCCUCCGCCGACCGCAUAGUCUAACCGCGAGGGCCGCCGUCAUGGAGACACCGCACAUGGCCCUACGAAAUCUACCUCGGCGUGCGCCUCGCCUCGCCGCUUCACUUCGACAGGCGGACCGUUCAGCUGCCGUUCUAGCUUGCUCGCCGAUGGCUGUAUGGAGCCGACGACAGUUCGCUACAACGCCGAGUCUAUCGUUUCCAGGCGGCCCUAUGGGUAUGGGCGGCUCCAGCUCCUCUCCCACAUACUUCCAACGCCAGACGAGCCUACCCGCGAACACCAUUAUCCGAUUCGUACCGCAGCAAACGGCAUGGAUUGUAGAGCGCAUGGGCAAGUUUAAUCGGAUAUUACAGCCUGGGCUGGCCAUCCUCGUACCGAUCAUCGAUCGCAUUGCUUAUGUCCAGUCGCUGAAAGAAGCGGCCAUCGAGAUCCCAAGUCAGAGUGCCAUUACUGCAGACAACGUCACGUUGGAGCUGGAUGGCGUCCUUUACACAAGAGUGUUUGACGCUUACAAAGCGAGCUACGGCGUAGAAGAUGCGGAAUAUGCCAUCUCGCAGCUGGCGCAGACGACUAUGAGGUCCGAAAUCGGUCAACUCACAUUGGACCAUGUUCUCAAGGAAAGAGCGAAUCUCAAUGCAAACAUUACACAGGCGAUCAACGAAGCCGCCCAAGAGUGGGGUGUGAUAUGUUUGAGAUACGAGAUCAGGGACAUCCAUGCCCCGGAGGGAGUCGUGGCCGCCAUGCACAGGCAAGUCACGGCGGAACGAUCAAAACGUGCUGAAAUAUUGGACUCCGAAGGUCAGCGGCAGAGUGCAAUCAAUAUCGCCGAGGGUCGUAAACAGUCCGUUAUCUUGGCCUCUGAGGCUUUGAAGGCCGAGCAGAUCAACAUGGCAUCUGGUGAGGCCGAGGCUAUAUUGCUCAAAGCAGAGGCAACUGCUCGGGGUAUUGAUGCCGUUGCGGACGCCAUCAAACGAGGAGAAGCCAAUGCCCAAGGAGCUGUGAGCUUGAGCGUUGCGGAAAAAUAUGUCGAAGCCUUCGGCAACCUGGCCAAAGAAGGAACUGCCGUUGUUGUUCCGGGUAACGUUGGAGACAUUGGUCAGAUGAUUGCUACCGCCAUGGCCGUGUAUGGGAAAGUGAACGAGAAUCAAACCAAGAAUCUAGCAGCCAAGGUUGUCAGCUCACCACUGGAGAAAGACGAGUCCAAAUCGAAGGAUGUUGGUGCAAGGGUGAUUGAGGCAGCCCAGCACGGAGACGCAAAAGAUGUUGCGCAGACAGUCCUCGAGGGAUUUGAGCAGACCCGGGAAGCAAGGAGGUAGGCGGACUUCUCAAUGGCACAACAAUGGGACAUUAUCAUAUGGGCAAAAAGCAAACCGUCGACUCCUUCAUGACGCAGCGACGGCGCUCCUGCGUGUAUUACUGGAAAUGGGCUGAAAGGGAAAAAGUCGAUAGCUAUGUACUAAUAUACCAGAGUGCUCCAUGACUUUCGAGGAGACAGCACAGACGAAAAAUGCCAUAGAAUAUCUAUAUCUCCGCCUCUCGAUCUAAGCUUCAUGGGCGUUCAGCCUCAUUGGUCAAGCCUUGC